AUGGCCAAGCCCCCUAGCUUAACGGGAGAGAAUGGCUUCCACUUCCAUCAGGCAAUUGUCUUCCCCAGCCCAUCUCCCUCAGGCGAGGACAGUGCAGCUUUCAACACCCCUGGGGGCACGCCGCUGAGCAAUGGCACGGGGUGCUGCGGCACCCCCAGCCCCGCCGAGUCCUGCGCCCAGCCCCUCUGUGAGGCCAGGGACAGCACCCAGUUUGGCGAGGGGAUUAAAUACGUCUCGACCGACGGGAAGGAGCUGGCAUGUGGCUGGGGAGGGUUCACGCCUGGCUGCUUGCAGUUCUUCAACACCUCCAAGGGCGUCUUGUUCUUCCUGUGCGUGGCCUCCUUCCUGCAAGGCAUGACGGUGAACGGCUUCAUCAACACGGUCAUCACCUCCAUAGAGCGCCGCUUCGACCUCCGCAGCUACCAGAGCGGGCUGAUCGCCAGCUCCUACGACAUCGCGGCCUGCCUCUGCCUCACCUUCGUCAGCUAUUUCGGGGGGAAUGGCCACAAGCCGCGGUGGCUGGGCUGGGGCGUGAUGGUGAUGGGCCUGGGCUCCCUGCUCUUCGCCCUGCCCCACUUUACCACUGGCAUGUACAAGGUGCACUCGUCGGCUGAUGUGGGUGUCUGCGCAGCGAACCAGAGCCAGUUGUGCGCCCCGGCCGCCUCCAGCCUCUCCAGCUACAGGUUCGUCUUCAUGCUGGGGCAGUUCCUGCAUGGGAUGGGAGCCACGCCGCUCUACACGCUCGGCGUCACCUAUUUAGACGAGAACGUCAAGACCAACUACUCCCCUGUGUACAUUGCUGUUUUCUACACUGCUGCAAUCCUUGGGCCUGCAGCGGGUUAUCUGGUAGGAGGAAUGUUUCUAAAUAUUUAUACUGAAAUACACAGAGAGACUGACAUCUCCCCGGAAAACACGCUGUGGGUGGGGGCAUGGUGGAUCGGCUUCCUGGGCGCUGGAGCAGCCUCGCUCCUAAUCUCCAUCCCCAUCCUGGGCUACCCCCAGCGCCUCCCAGGAUCCCAGCGGUAUAUUGUUAUGAGGGUGUCGGAGGCUCAUCAGCUGAAGGAUGGGAGCCACAAAAAAGCAUCAGAUCCGGACUUUGGGAAAACAGUUAAAGAUCUACCUCGAUCAGUACUGCUGCUUCUGAAGAACCCCACCUUCAUCUUCCUCUGCUUAGCGGGAGCAACUGAAGCCACACUCAUUGCUGGGAUGUCCACCUUUGGACCCAAGUUCCUGGAGUCUCAGUUCAGUUUAAGUGCCUCUGAAGCUGCUACCCUUUUUGGUUAUCUGGUCGUGCCGGCCGGAGGGGGAGGCACAUUCCUGGGAGGAUUCCUUGUGAAUAAAUUUAAACUCCGCUGCUCAGGAAUCAUCAAAUUGUGUUUGCUUUGCACAGUGACAAGUCUGAUGGCUAUUUUCAUUUUUUUCAUUCGUUGCCCUAACAUGCCGAUGGCAGGAGUAACCCAGAUGUACACGGGAAGUGCUCUACCUGGCGGCCACGUAAACUUGACAGCAGCAUGCAACGCUGAGUGCGUCUGCCUGCGGGAGACCUACAGCCCUGUCUGCGGAAGCAAUAACAUUAUGUAUUAUUCUCCUUGCCACGCUGGGUGCAAAAAAGUGUCUGAGAAACUCAGGAAUGGCAAGAAGGUCUAUAAGGAGUGUAGCUGUGUUGAGGAAAAUACCUUCCCUGGUGAGGCAGAGGCAGGCAAAUGCACCUCCUCUUGUGCGAAAAGGACCUUGCUCCUCUUCUUCAUGUUCAUAGUGAUCCUCUUCACCUUCCUGAGCAGCAUUCCCGCCCUGACUGCAACUCUGCGGUGUGUCCCUGACAGGCAAAGGUCGUUUGCGCUCGGGAUCCAGUGGAUCGUCGUACGAACGCUAGGAAGCAUCCCUGGCCCCAUUGCCUUUGGGUCGAUGAUCGAUAAAUCCUGCCUGCUCUGGCAGGACCAGUGCGGCGAGCAAGGCUCUUGCUACGUUUACCAGAACUCAGCCAUGAGCCGCUACACCCUGAUCACUGGGCUGGUCUACAAGGUGCUUGGGACAACUUUCUUUAUGGUUGCCUGUUUACUGUACAAACCGCCGCCAGCAGAAUCAGCUCAGGGCAGCUCGGACACGUCUGAAAAUGGCAACAGUGACCUCCAGGAAACCAAACCUUCGCUUCCUGCUGCAGAGGAUAUAUAA